GCCCCCUCCCCCGCCCGCGUCUGCUGCCCCAGACGCCCCCGUCCAGCCCGGAGCCCGCGCCGGGCCCACCCAUCCGCCGACCGAGUCCGUUGCUCCCACUCCGGGGUCCCCGCCCCAAGCGCUGGCCUCGGGGGACCGGCGAUGGCUGUCCACCGCCUGCGCAAGGAGCUGCAGGACCUCACCCGGGACCCCCCGCCCCACUGCUCCGCGGGGCCAGUUGGGGACGAUAUGCUCCACUGGAGAGCCAGCAUCAUGGGGCCCCCCGGCAGUCCAUACCAGGGAGGGGUGUUUUUUCUCACCAUCUAUUUCCCCCAGGACUAUCCCUUCAGACCCCCGGACGUGGCGUUCCUCACCAGAAUCUAUCACCCUAACAUCAGCGGAAACGGCACCAUCUGCUUGGAUAUUCUGAAAUCCGAGUGGACGCCGGUGCUGACCAUCUCCAAAGUCCUCUUGUCCAUAUGCUCGCUCUUGUGUGACCCCAACCCCGACGAUCCCAUGGUCCCCGAAAUAGCCCACAUCUACAAGAGGGACAGGAAGAAGUUCGGCAAGAUAGCUCGGGCGUGGACUCAGCGGUACGCCAUGUCGUAGCCUGCAAAUGAGCAGCCAUCCCACCGCUUAGCAAUAAAGACAGAUCG